AUCUUUUCGUAUCCAUUCCGGUUCCAAGCAACCUCGCGGGUGUUCCCUUCGAUUCACCAGCGAGGGUUCAUCCUUCUUCUCCUAUCACGAUGAUGCUGCGGAGCUCCUCCACUCCCCUCCUCGCCUCCCCGUUCCCCUCUUCCUCCUCCCCCCGCCACCUUGCCUCUGAUCUCCACCCCUUCUCCUCCGCAUCCCCCGACGUCCUCCGCCGAUCUCACUCCGACGAAAACAUCCUCGACUCCGACUGCCUUCUCCGGCGUAAUGAUACCUCCCGCUGCGAACUCCAUGUUUCUUUGGAUCGCGCAUCAUUCCUCUCCGUCUUCAAUCGCAAGCCGAUCGCCGAAGAGAUCGAGGAGGAAGAGGAAUACGGCGAUGAAGAGAGCAAUGCUGCUUCCGCGGAGUGGUUUAGGUUCGUGGGCGAGUUCAGAUCGUUCGAUUUGGGAAGCAGCGCCGUGUCGCCUCUGUACCUCGCGAGAGGGCUCGGAAUCGACCGUGUCGGGUCGGGGUUGUUCAAUGCCGACGGAUAUCUCGAUGCGUUCAUCGGCGAAAACGUGCGAUCCGAGGUUGAGAUGCAAUAUAAGGCGAAGGUUGAGGAGGAUCCGAGUGAUCCCCAAUCGCUGAGGAAUUACGCAAAGUUCCUUUAUCAGGAAAAGCGGGAUCUUAGAAAAGCGGAGGAAUAUUACUCUCGAGCAAUAUUGGCGGAUUCUGAGAAUGGGGAAGCCCUGUCACAGUACGCAAAGAUAGUGUGGGAGCUUCACCAUGACAAGGAAUGGGCUUCAAGCUAUUUCCAACAGGCAGUUAGAACGGCCCCCAAGGACAGCUGUGUUCUCGCAGCGUAUGCUGGUUUCUUAUGGGAGACAGAAGAAGAUGACGGAGAGGGAGACGAUGUAGGAGUUACUUAUGGCAGAGCAUUUACUCCUGCACCUCUGUUGUGGAUAUAGAAGAUGGCAAUGCAAAAAUUUAAAAGUAAAUACAAAUAAGAAUGGAUCGUGGAUCAAGUCAAUGAUUCUUUAGAUUCAUGUUUACUUGCAUUCGCUGAUCUUGUAGUUCUACGUUUUGCAAGUAGAUGGAACAUGGAUGUGUAACCAAUCAUUAAUUUCAAUGUUUUCAUGCUCUGCACAAUGCAAAA